CUCUGUUGUUCAAGAUCCUCACCUCCUUCGGACCAUGACCCCUGAGAACAUGUGCCAUGUAAUUCCCCCAUCUCGCCUGGAGCAUCCUCCGCCACCACCACCACCACCUCCUCCUCCCCCCCACCUGCAAGCCGUGCCCCCUCCUUCCCACCCGCAUUACCCUGGCCUGCAGCGGGACCUGUACAUGAAGACUGAACCCCUGAUGCCACCCUAUGGCAUGGGGCAGGGCAUAGCACCAGCUGACCUCCACCACACCCAGCAGUCGCAGAUGCUGCACCAGCUUCUCCAGCAGCAUGGAGCAGACCUCCCGGUGCACCCAGCCAAGAAAAGGAAGCACUCCGAGUCACCCCCAAGCACCCUUAGUGCACAGAUGCUCAACGGGCUGAUAAAGCAGGAGCCAGGCAUGGGGUCUGUGCCACUCAACCCCGAAAGAGUUCCCACCCCUCCUUGGCACCAGCCAGGACCUCUCUCUCCAGGCCUGAUUCAGGAUAAUGACAGCUUGAAUGGCUCCUACCUAGACCCCAACUACCAGUCUAUAAAGUGGCAGCCACAUCAGCAAAACAAGUGGGCAACUCUUUAUGAUGCCAACUAUAAAGAACUGCCCAUGCUCACUUACCGCGUGGAUGCUGACAAAGGAUUCAACUUCUCUGUGGGCGACGAUGCCUUUGUGUGCCAGAAGAAGAAUCAUUUCCAGGUCACAGUCUACAUUGGCAUGCUUGGAGAUCCCAAGUAUGUGAAGACCCCCGAGGGCCUGAAACCCUUAGAGUGCUUCUACCUGAAGCUGCACGGAGUGAAGCUAGAGGCCCUGAACCAGUCCAUCAACAUUGAGCAGUCACAGUCUGACCGCAGCAAACGGCCCUUCAACCCUGUCACGGUCAACCUUCCCCCAGAGCAGGUCACUAAGGUCACUGUGGGGCGGCUGCACUUCAGCGAGACCACGGCUAACAACAUGAGGAAGAAAGGAAAACCCAACCCAGACCAGAGGUAUUUCAUGCUUGUGGUAGCCCUGCAGGCACAUGCACAGAACCAGAACUACACACUUGCAGCCCACAUCUCUGAGCGCAUCAUUGUCCGAGCCUCCAACCCUGGCCAGUUUGAGAGUGACAGCGAUGUGCUCUGGCAGCGGGCUCAGCUCCCUGAUACUGUGUUCCACCACGGUCGGGUGGGCAUCAACACGGACCGCCCUGAUGAAGCCCUCGUGGUCCAUGGCAAUGUGAAGGUGAUGGGUUCCCUGAUGCAUCCAUCAGAUGUCCGAGUGAAGGAGGACAUUCAGGAGGUGGACACCACAGAGCAGCUGAAGAGGAUCUCACGGAUGCGGCUGGUGCACUACAACUACACACCUGAGUUUGCAGCUACGGUGGGCAUUGACAACACCUCAGAGACAGGUGUCAUUGCUCAAGAAGUGAAGGAGAUCCUCCCUGAAGCAGUGAAGGACACUGGGAACCUGGUCUUUUCCAAUGGGAAGACCCUGGAGAACUUCCUGGUGGUGAACAAGGAGCGCAUCUUCAUGGAGAACGUGGGAGCUGUGAAGGAGCUGUGCAAGCUGACGGACAACCUAGAGACCCGCAUCGAUGAGCUGGAGAGAUGGAGCCACAAGUUGGCCAAGCUCAAACGCCUUGACAGCAUGAAGUCAACUGUGAGCUCUGGGGCAUUCAGCCAAACGGGAAGCCAGUUCAGCCGUGCAGGAAGCAUGCCCCACAAAAAGAGGCCUCACAAAAUAGCCAGCAAGUCGCCGUCGGUUGUCCCGGAGCAGGCCUGCAUCAGUCAGCGCUUCCUGCAAGGCACCAUCAUUGCUUUGGUGAUCAUCAUGGCCUUCAGUGUGGUAUCCAUGUCCACGCUCUACGUGCUGAGCUUGCGUAGCGAGGAGGACCUUGUGGAUAUUGAAGGGUCAAGCCAGAAUAUCGACAAAACACAGAUGGUGCGAUCUACAGCUGCAUCAGACAGAGCCAGCAGCAGGACCCCAACACACCACGUCACAUCAAACGUGCUUGACUUACUCGAUGCUUUACCUGGUCACAGUGUGCUAGCCUGCUUCAACCCACCGUGUUUCUCCACUUGCUGCUCUGCUGCUCCCACCAACGCCUCAUCUGUUGCCCUCUCUGAGGCCAGCCCUACUCAUGUCACCAAUCAGACAGACCAAAGUCAGACCUCACUGCAGCCAGUGACAAAUAUCAAAGCCAAAUCCAGGGGUAUCACCAGGAAGACAACCUCCUACACCAAGUGGCCAAAGACGCCUGACAGCAACUCCCCACUGGGGCAGGCCCGGCCGCAGCGCAGCAUCAGGCAGCUGGUGAGCGAGUGGCCCCACACACAGGACUCAAGCACAGAUGGGCCAAGCCCAGUCCUGCGUUCCAUCCGGAUCCUGGAGAUUGAUAUGGCCAUCCAGUCCCAGUUCUGUGCAGCCAGCAAUGCAUGCAGGACUGGAAACUUCACCUACCGCAUCCCCAUCAGCCAGCUGACAGCAGUGAACACCAACCUGACCCUGGAGAUGAACUCAUCCUCUGUGCUGUCCAUCUCCCUUUGUGGUCUUGUCUCCAGUGACCCUUGCCAGGAUGUUGCAAGCACAGAUGGCUUCAGUGAUGGUACAGACACACAGGAAACGACGCACCGUUGGCCUCUUGUGAUGCUGUCUUUCAGGGAGUUCACCUACCACUUCAGGGUGGCACAGACUGGCCGAGCCAACUGCAGCACUACUCCUGAACAGAUGGGACACCUUUUUACUGACUAUUAUUUUCAGUUUUACUGGCUCUGUGAGUGAGUCCUGGCAGCACCAGUGCCCUUUGGUUGGAGAGAGGAGGGGGACUGGUGACACUGGGGAACCUCCUGUACACCCUCCUCCGCUGACCCCCAGCCCCACCUCAGCCCCAUCACCCUCCUUGGGGGGUGGAGAUGGUUCGGUUGUGGCUGGCAGUGCUGAUACCGAAGUACAGCACACACAGAACACAGGACCUAAGCCACAGAAACACAACCAGCCCUGUGCCAUCUCCUGGGCUCACCUAGCACCAACACUGUCCCAGACAGCCCUCCUUCUCUUCUGGGGAUGCUUGUAUCCCCCUGCUCCUGCUACACUGGAUUUGAAAGCAUUACACUGGAUGGAACAUGGAUGGAUCUGCCACAUCCCAGAGCAUGGAACUUGCCCAGCUGUGCCACGUCAGUUCUCCACAACACUGGAAUUGCUCAACACUGGAGCCCUUUCCAAGAGGGAAAAGCUGGAGUUUCACCUGGAAAGGAAAGGCUGUGCCUGGACAUACUGAAAGUUGUACACUGGAGUUGCUGUUCCUUCCAGUUGGACCUGCAGCCCCAACUGGACCACUGGAGAUCCCAGGAUCUCUGUUCUGCACAGAAGGUGCAGCUUCCACAUUUGCCCCCCUCCUCACUGUGCUGUCACUAUAUCCAGGUCAGGAUGGAUAAACUCAAGAACCCACUAAAGAUGCUGCUCAGGCUGUGCUCAGGCCAAACUACACGUGGGGACACUUAACCAUCAGCCCCUGGGAGGAAAACUACCCCAAGCCACUUGUGUUAAGUGUUGAUUAAACACUGUAGGACCCGUUUUCUUCACUUGCCAGUGGCCACUUGUGGUGUACACAGAGCUGCCCAGUUGACUCUGAAGAAAAAGAUGACUGGCCAAGCCCAGUGUGCCCUGCAGAGCAAAGCUGGGCUGCUGGGGAUGUGUGGUGUGGUUUCACUGCACAAGCAGCGGGGAAAAGAGCAAUAACAGUGAGUUCUCACUGUCUCUGCUCUCAGAACGCAGUUAUGUUGAGUGUACUCUGGGUAUUUUACUGUUACAAGUUCUUAACUUGCUAAACUACUGAAUUUCUUUUUUUAAGCCACAUAAAAAUGGGUCUCUUAAUUCUGUCCUGGUUGAGCUCUGUGCACCUUGCAUAGGAAACCGAAGGGGGGCACUGCUAAGCUCCAUGUUAAAGCCUGAUUGCUGCAGCAGUACUGGGAUAUCAGCUCCUAGUGUUCCCAUGCCCUCUUCCCUGUCCUGCUCCAGCUAAAAGAGACCUCUGUGCUCCUGGAGGCUGAACCACCAGCUCCAGAAAAUGGAGACUCAUUUUCCUAAGGAAGCAGCACUGGGGAAUGGCAGCGAGGGGGGACACUCCAGUCCUGAAGGAAACCCUAAAGCUGAUUAAGAGAAGAGCACACCUCUUGGGAAACACCAUCAGGAUCUGGCUGCUGCACUACAUUCUGUCAGUGGAGAUGGAUGCAGUGAUCCCUUUGCCAGUUGCAGGCCAUGCUGUUUCCAUCACCGAGGAGCACAGGGCAGGAGCAGCUCUCUACCACCAGCAGCAGGCUCUUCUGGCUCUGGAGAAAUGAGCCGCAGAGAUGUUUUACCUGAUAGAUGGUUCCUACAUGCACCACUUCUGUUACAGAGUUCCCUUCUGAGGCUGUCCCAGCAGAGCAGCCCCAGCCUUGCAACUCCUUGCAGCAUCACUGGGAUUUUGUAUGGCUGCCCUUCCAGGACCUUGCCCUUCCCUUUAUUUGCAGUGCAGUUCCAAGGUCAGAUCUCUAUUCCAAUGCUGUGCCCAUGGGCAGCAGUGAAUGAUAUGGGUGAUGCUCUCCAGCGAGCACGAUGCACUGAAGUCUGGGCAGCCAGGAACCAGAGGGUGAGCAGGGAAUGCCAGGCAGCCACAAAGGAAUGAAGUUUAGGGAGAUCUUGAGGGAGCUCAGAGGGAGAGCAAGAGGCACGGGAGUACAGACACACAAACGGAUCAGCUCUGUGCUCAGCAAGAUUUUCUGCUUCUGCAAGGAAACCCUCUGGUGGAGCUCUCAGAGAGGAUGCUCAGCACUCUUCUUUCCACCUGUCCUAUGCGUUUUGCUCAGCCUUAAACUGAAUAAGUUACUUUCUUGGCAGCUUUUACUCUCCACUUGGCAAUCAUUGGCUCAGCCAAUCCUCAUCCUGGCGAGUGAUGCCCUGUGCUCUGCCAGCUCUGCUCAGCUGAGAGGCAGUCUUCUCAGAUCCUACUGCCAUUUCUCCUACUUGCCCAUGCUCUCUUUUAGCCCCCACACAGAGGUAAUAGGUAGUGCCGUGACGGUUGGAGCCGACAGUGCUGCCUGCAAUCACUGCCACCAAUCCACCCUUGCCAACGGAGCCCAGAGCCACACAUGUGUCUCCCCGGCUGCAGGCAGGGAGGGAGAAAGCAAUCAGCCACUGGUCACAUGCCAGCCCAAGAGGAGAUGGGGGUCUCUCAGGUGUCCCUGUGAUGCUCACCCAUUGGGUUACGAUGGCCUCAGCAAACCAAGUGCCUAAUGGCUAUGGGAACAUCUCUAGUGCCUUGUUUUGCCAACAGGGUUCCCUACGCCUGUGUGUCUCAAAAACAGCAGUUCUGUUAGCUUGAGAAACAAGAUAAGUCAAUACCGAAAGUGCAACAGGUGAUGCUGCCCCUGCAUAGCUGUUUUACAGCAGGAAAACGGGGCUGAGAGCAAUCCAUGGUAUCAGGGGAGAGAUUCAGAACAUCAUCUUCAGCAUCUUAUGUUGCAGUAAUUUGUCUUAAUGUACAUCACAAAUCACACAUCUGUUCCACCAGCAGUCAAGCAGGAAUGAGCUCAAAAGGGUUGUGUAACAAAAAAAAAGUCAACAAGAUUGCUUCUCAGCCCACGGAAACAGCCAUUUGCACAGACCACCCCUGGGAGGCUCUCUGCCCUACCCAUACAUACCCACUGCUGUGUUCCCCAUCCCCAAUCAGUAACCAGAGAGUUCACAAUCAGGCCUUUACCUGCAUGAGACGGAGGGAGCUCUGAGUCAAUGUCUCUAGCCCUGCAGCUUGGGGAAACCCUUCAGCUGGAAACAGGAGCUUCAUCUCUCUAGACAUUCUUGGCAGAAAGGAAGACAAGCAUGGAAAUGAGGCCACUUGCCAAAGUUUGGCUGUUUCGGAGUUUGUUUCAAAAGCAAAUUCACAAACUGGUCCUACUGUCAAGAGCUUAAAGCCUGUAAAUAGAGACUAUACCACCACCACAAGAAUUAAGAAAAAAAAAA